UUCCAGCGCCGUCAAUCCAGUGUAUAUUUUCCAGCGCUAGACAAGUUGAUUUUUCGUCUGUUCGUGCAUCAUCUUAAUUUUGUUAUAAUUUUUGCAAUAGUAAUAUUUUCCAGUUUCGGGUUUUUCGGGAGUCAACUUUCGGCGUUUUUCGAAGCAUUUCGAAAGCGAGCGCGCGAUUUACUGGCGACUUGGCGACUUGGCGACUGAGUGGUGCGAGACAAGUUCGGGGCGUCGUCGUCGUCGCGGAAAAAAAAGUGAGUGAGAAUUUUCUCGAGGGCGUAAGUGUCCUGUGCGAAAAAAAAAGAAGAAGGGAGAAGCGCCUAGUGUUUUCCAUCAAAGGGUGUGAAUUUUCGGUUGAGUUUUUGAUUUUCGAGAAAGAAAAAAAACGGGGAAAAGUCGGGUUUGACUGGAUCCUAAGUUCCUCGCCGGGCUCUUGUAUCACCACCACCCAUAAUUACACCCUAACUUUAUCCGGUUUUGCGAAUCGACCGCCAGAGCGUGCUAGCGUCGCGCAUACAUCCAGACGUACAAGGCAGUACAAGAAUCGAGCCCCAACUCCACCUUUCUACCAGUUCUUCUACUUCUUCUUCGGACGUGAGUCGUGUUCGUCGUCUUCUUCACCAAAAAAAAAGGAAAAAACCGAAGGGAUCCCAGAAACUCCCAAAAAUCGAAAACCGCCGACAGGAAUAUAUUACAAAACAAAAGUAUAGCAAAAGUUAUAAAAUUUAAGCAAAGUUAAGCGAAAACACCAACUAAAUCUUAGAGCAAAGAUCGCGCGGCCGGAAGAGUCUUCAAACGGGAACGCCCCUGUCACACCGGAAGCAGCAGGCUCGGGAGCCAGCUCGGAAAAAAUUUUAGGGCGAACAACGCAGAGAAUAAGAGGAAAACGGGAUCAUAGGUGAUAAGGAAAUUUUACAUCUUGUAAUCUUUUGGAUGCACUUUCAUGAAUAUAAUAAGCUACUAGGGAAGACAACAGCAACAACAACAACAUAAGACAAACAAACGAGGAAACAUUUUUGAUAUUCGGAUUUGGAUCUCUUUCCUUGGCAAACAACGCGAGAUAUAUACAAGAGAAAUAAGAAAAUUCAAGAAAACAAUAUACAAUAUUUAUAGCGAAAAACAACCGAGAUAAGAAAAGGAUCAAUUGCUUCCUAUUUACAAUAUAAAGAAAAAAAAAACAACCAAACUUAGCAAAUAAAUUAGCGAAAAACAAAAGUGACAACAACAACAGUAAAGAAGGAAACCCACAAGAGUCAAGUACGCAUUCCAGCGAGUUGCGAGCAAACACGACAGUCACCAGAACUUCUCCCAGGUCCUGCCGCUGGCCGAUCUUUCUUCGCGUUACCAAAAAAAAGAACACCCAACCAACCCCACCAUCAAAGAGAUUUUUGAAAAACGAAUUAAAAAAAAAAGCGCAAAAGUUUACCCCCCAACUCAAAGCCAUUUGAGCACGCCAUUCGUGUGACCUGCAAAGCAAAGUCGAGCAAAACUCAAGAGUCAGAUCUACGACAAUCAACACGAGACAAAGACGACAACCUGCGCCGCCGCCUCCCCCCUCGGAAACCAGGAGUGAAAUUUUGUGAAAUCACCUCAGCGCCCCCGCAACUAGCAGAGCACUCCAGAGUGUGCGUUUUCCAAGAGAAUUUAUAGCGCAAGCAAAUCCCCCUGCGAGACACCACACCAGUUCGGAAGAACAAAACUAGCUAGAGACAGAGCAAAGACACCGUGCAUAGCACAACAGUCGAAUAAGAAAAUAAAAAAAACAAAAAAUAAAACCAGUUGAUAGUGAUUUAAUCGUUAGCGAAAAACAAAAAGAAUAAACUACUAGUCCUAGUACUAAACCUACUGACUACUGAUAGCAAAAGCAGCAAGCUAAUUCCAUCCAACAAAAAAAACUUCACACUUAAUUAGAAAAAAAAAAAACAACACAACAGAAAAAAAAAAGAUGGCCAACGGACUCGAAACGGUGCAGCAGAACGGCCGGUCCGGCUCGAUUGGCAGCGGCGGCCAGGAGGACAGCAAGACGAACCUGAUCGUCAACUAUCUGCCCCAGACGAUGACCCAGGAGGAGGUCAAGUCGCUGUUCUCCAGCAUCGGCGACGUCGAGAGCUGCAAGCUCAUUAGGGAUAAGGUGACCGCAGGACAAAGUCUCGGUUACGGCUUCGUCAACUACCACCGUCCAGAGGACGCGGAAAAAGCAAUAAAUACUUUUAACGGGCUGCGGCUCCAGAACAAGACGAUCAAGGUGUCGUUCGCGCGACCCAGCUCGGACGCCAUCAAGGGCGCCAACCUGUACGUUUCGGGCCUGUCCAAGAGCAUGACCCAGCAGGACCUGGAGGCGCUGUUCCAGCCGUACGGCCAGAUCAUCACGUCGCGCAUCCUGUGCGACAACAUCACCGGUCUGUCCAAGGGCGUCGGCUUCAUCCGGUUCGACCAGCGCUCGGAAGCCGAACGGGCCAUCCAGCAGCUGAACGGGACGACGCCGAAGGGCGCUUCGGAGCCGAUCACGGUCAAGUUCGCCAACAACCCGAGCAAUAACAUCAACAAGGCGAUCCCGCCGCUGGCGGCGUACCUGACGCCGACGCCGAACCUGCGGCGCUUCCCACCGGGGCCGAUCCAUCCGCUGGGCGGACGGUUUAGCCUUCCCUCUAAUUUCAGCCGCUACUCGCCGCUGACUGGUGACCUCGGAACGUCGGUCCUGUCCGCCAACGCCAUCAACGGAUCCGGCUGGUGCAUCUUCGUGUACAACCUGGCCCCGGAAACCGAGGAGAACGUGCUGUGGCAGCUGUUUGGCCCGUUCGGUGCCGUCCAGAGCGUCAAGGUGAUCAAGGACCUGCAGACGAACAAGUGCAAGGGCUUCGGCUUCGUCACGAUGACCAACUACGACGAGGCGGUCGUGGCGGUGCAGUCCCUGAACGGGUACACCCUCGGCAACCGGGUGCUCCAGGUCAGCUUCAAGACGAACAACACCAAGUCGAAAACCAAUUAAAAAUGGGAAAAAUUUUAAGUUUUAUAAACUGCGUGUGUAAUCUCUUCCCGUUUGACGACCGACGUAAAACCGUGAACCGUGAAUGAACCCCACCACACCACACCCAUCUCUCCCCUAUUCCACAAACACAUACAAACACAACACCUGUUCCUUAUUCAAAAAGCAAAAAACAAUUCCUAGAAGCAACCAACGAGAAGACACGAAGAGUAUGGAAGAGUUUAUCGAGAAAGAAAAAAUCACCUUGGUUGAGCAUUAAGAAAUAAAACACCCGACGAUCCCGACCGAACGGAAAUAUCAGUCUUGUAUGGCAACACUGCACACGUACCGCGCAGAUAGACGUUAUAUCAAGUGAAUCAAUGGGAUAUUAUAAUAAAAGACAAAUGUAUUAAAGAAAAUAUACGAAGACGAAGUAAAAAAAAACAACAGAAAGGUGCAAUAAUAUUUCAAAAAUAUUGUAAAUAGAAGCAAAACACAAACACAUAAUUUGAUAUUUCCUAAACUAGCGAAAGAAAAAAAGUCAAACAAAAUAAAAUCAGCAGAUAUCUCUAUAGCUCGAGAGUCGACUCUUAACUGGUACAGCAGCAAACAACAUAGCAAAAAGAAAGAAAAGAAAAUCAUUUAAAACGACAGCUCUUAAGAAAUUAAUUGUUAUUAGCUUCCGCACUAGCGCGCGAUGGUUGCGCGCAGCGCACGACCGGCACCACUGUUUUUUCCAAAUCAAAACAAAACGCGCGCGCGCACACCCGGUUUUGACACUUCACCUCACCGACGAGCGCGCGCGCGCUCCCCUAGCGGCCACCACUCGAACCCAGGUCAACCCCUUUAAAGAAAAUUAGCGAAUUUUACGGAACGCUCAAUGUUUACUUACAAAAGAAGAAGAAAAACUCCUAAUAAAACAAAUAUAAAUGUGCAAUAAUGUAUUAGAAUGGUACUCUAUAUUAAAUAAAUAUUAGCCAAAUUGAGAGAGACAAACGAAAACAAAACAAAAAAAACGUACGCGACGCGACAAACCGACCCGACCUGGCACGUUCGAGGUGGAACCUGAACCACGUGGAUGUGUUUUGACAUUUGGGAAACCAAGAUGGCGCCGGCGCGCAAUCGCAGCAGGCCAACCCGUUGCCGCGCAGCAGCGCGGAAGCUGAAUGAUCUCGUAACCUAAAAAUUGAUGCUAAUCUAAAUGAAAUGAAAUGAAAAAAAACCUAUUUAUUUAUAUAUACUAAUUUAUUCUUAAAUGUUUCAAUACGGCAUGAAGCGGAAAACUGACAGAACCGGGACGGGAUGAAGGAGAAUCAUAAACAACGCGUAACUUGUAAAAGAAGGAAAAGAAAAGAAAGGGAAGUGUAAUAAGUUCAUUCAAUUAAUCUUAUAAUUAAACGUAUAUUUAUUAACAAUAAUUUAUUUAAUCGAUAUAUACACACACUUAACGCAAAUACGGUAACAUAAAUGCUAAUUAUCAAUGGAUUCUUGAAUUUAAAGCAAACAAAAAAACAACUCACACAAACCUAACCAGCAAACAAUUUUGAGUAUUCUCUAUUAUUAAUCACAUCGCGAGCGCACGUUUGUGCGCGAGCCGCGCAGCCGUAUAAUCUUACUUCUUUAACUCUGUGUACUUUUUAAUCAAACUCUAUCGCAAACGAAGCAAAAAAAAUCACACAAGCAUACAUGUAAUUGUUCCUCUUUUUCCUCAAAAAAAACAAAAACAAAACAAACGCGCGCGUGUGACAUUUGUGCACGCACGCACCAAAAAGGUGGGAAUCCAAAAUGGCCGACCGACGACGAAUUUGAUUUCUUGUUCGGUUUGACAGCUCACACACAUUCCGGGAACGCGCUUUGUUUUGAAACUCUGACACAAACAAAACAAAACAUAACCGAAACAAAAUGGAAAAUGUACCGUACUGCAGAUUGAUUUAGUGUUAUGGUUUUAGUGGUUAAGCAAAACUAAACUUUUUCGUGCUCUCGUACUUGUUUGAAACGGAUGGAAGAAACUUAAGCGAAUUUGACGUCUACAAAAAUAUUUAAGCAAAAAAAAGAAACUAAAAAAAAUGUUGGUAGUGAAAUUUUACUUCUGUGGGUUUUUUCUCUCCUCUUAUAUCAAUGUUUAUAUUCGUGAUUAAUUUCUUAAACUAAAUUUAUAUUAGUGGAACUAAGUUUAAGGGAAAUAAAAACAAAACAAAAAAAGCAUACAGAACGCUGACAUUACCAUAAACCAAAACAAAACAAAAAGAUCUCGUUGCGCUUAAGAACAACAAAAUCGGGCAUGAAAAGAAAGAAGAAGGUGACGGAAAUCAAGAGAAACGCACAGAAGGGGGCAGCAGCAGCAGAUGGAAACAACUCAUUGUUUACAAAAUUCCUGUUUUUGGGUCCUAGUCUUGCUUCAGUAAAGGCAACUCAGUUUAGAACUUGUCACCGCAAGGGCAUAAGUAAAGUAAAGUAAAAACACUAAAUUAAAGUAUUAGCGAACGAAAGCAAACGCACUACGCGCUAAAUUUACGCGGAUUUUUAUUCGAUAAACAAAAAUAUUUUCUCCAUUUUAGUCGAAAUUUUAUUGAUUAGAUAUAUAUUCAUAUAAUUAUUCAAAGGAAAAUGUAUGUGUUAAGGCAACAAAAAAAACAACUAAAUAAAACUAAUUUAUCAAUGCAUUUAUGUCAUUAUAAUUAUUGCACAAGCAAGGCGGCGACGGAGUCCAGUAGAAAAAUCAGUAUCAGUGUACUUGCCGUUUGACAGCUACCCGUUUGUUUACCUUUUUGGCUACCACCACCACACUCUCUCUCUCCCCCCCACUCAAUUCAAUGUACCGCGAGAGAACAAUCGCAAAUGCGCGUUGCAUGACGUCAUACAAUCAACAAUCACGGUUCCACUGGUGGUGUGACGGAGAGGUGACGUGCGGUGUUCCCACCCCUGUUUUGACAACCUUGGCGUCACACCCACGCAAAGUUCAUCCGCCUACUUUUGAAUCGAAUCAAUUUUACGCGUUUUCAUAACAAAACAACACAAAGUCACACGUCAAAAAAAAAUGGCAAGGUAGUUAAACAAAGGUGUAACCACGCGCAAACGUAAACAAAGAGGUGACGGUUCGUUCGGUAUGAUCACGUUCGGUGUAUGUGUAAUUAUUUCAAUAUAUAUAUAUAUAGCCUCCUGUUCGGGCAACGCAAACAAGAUAAUUUAACCUUUCUUUUCUAACUUAUCGUACGCACACAACCACACUCAACACACAAAAGAAAAUGAAAACAACGCGACACAAUCCCGGCAAAACAAACCACACACAAACACAGGCUCACGCUAAAGGCAAGCAAAACAACAAGACGAGCGAGCUCGUCAUUAGUAUUGAUAUUGAAUUUUAUGUAUUCGAAAAGGCAAGAAAAAAAUAAACAAAUUUAUGAAAAUUAUAAAAUACAUGUUAUAUUUGCAUAUUAUUAUAAAACUAUUCUAUUAUCAUUCAUAAACAAAAAGAAAACAAGAGAAAGAGAGACACACAAAUACAGCAAACAAAACACACGAACACGCCAAGAGCGGUACACCGAAAGGUUGGAACGAAUCAUUCCAUCGCAGACUUUUUCCACAGACACUCUCAUUUCCCGCUCCGAAACAAUAGAGAAAACCCCCCUUUUUGCUAUAAUCAAACUUGUUCCAUUUACAGGAAAACAAAAAUUUACCCACAACGCGCGUAACGCAAAAAGUAACUGUUAUUUUUACCCUAGAAAAACAAGAAAACAAAAUUCGCGAAGAAUCCAAACGAAGAAUGGUAAAGUAAUAAUCCCGAUCAGCAUAAAAAAACAGCAACAACAACAAAAAAAAGUUGGUAAACAAUGAGACUGGAUGUAAAAGUUUUUAAAACUCAGUGUAAGCAAAGCAAAUUUGUAUUCAACAGAGGAAGAAAAGCGGUGCGGAAAAGAAAGGUUAAGUCCCAUGUGAGCAAAAAAAAGACGAGAGUAAAACACAAACACACACAAUACGUAGAUACUUCCAAAGGUAAACAAAAAUAAAUAGAAGACAAAAAAACAUAAUCCAGCAAAACAAAAGGGGGAGCGAAAAACGUUCGAGAGCACACAGUUGCGCGCGCAAGUUGGGAGCAAGCAAGCCGAAACGUCAACGAAUACAACGAGCAAAACAAAACAUUUAAGAAAAACAAAAACAAAACAAGCAUAGCGUUUAAAACUGUCAUUUACACUUCAGUCCAUUGCGUGCGGCGCAUGUUUGAGAUUGAGAUAGAACAAAAAAUAACAUAAACAAAGAGAAACACCAAGAUGACGCUUUUAAAAGGCACCCCCAAGCAAACAAAACAAAAACAACAACAAAAAGAGCAUUCCAGACAUUCCAAGACACGUGUUUUCGGUUCCUGCCAAUCCAAAAUGGCGCUAGGUUUUUACGCAUUCCACAAAACAUUCCAAGCCGAGCUGUUUUCCACCCACCAGGACACCUACAUUUUGACACUUCGACUAGGGUGACACAAUUCGAGCGCGACAGCGAACCAAAAAGCAAAAAAACAACAGUAAUCAAUACAAAACUAAUCUCCAUCCAUGUUAGCUGACAGCAGAUGACAUUUAGUAAACAAAAAAAACAAUAGGGAAAGCAUAGCAAAGCCGAUAACCUUCAGACGCGAACCGUUUGU